UAUAUUCUCUUUACCCAAGUCUCUACCUAUCAUAAUAAUUUUUUACUGUCUAAUUAAAUUCCUUUGGAAAUGUUGUAAUCACAGCGUUCAUUAUUAUGUUGUAAUAUUUUUUUCAAAAACAUUUGAACACAUUCAAAAACACUAUUCAAAAUGAAUGUCCUGCCAGCGCAACCUAUUGGGAUACAAAGCACAGCGGGCGCUGUGCCUAUACGAAAUGAAAAAGGUGAGAUUUCUAUGCAAAAAGUGAAAGUACAAAGAUACAUAUCAGGCAAGAAACCAGACUAUGCUCAAGGAGUGUCAUCAUCUGAGGAGUCAGACACUGAGGAUUUUAUAGAACAGCAAAGACCAGAGAGGAGGCAUCAGAUUGCACAAAUAAUCAGCAGAAAAGAAGAGCAGCACAGUGAUACAGAAAAAGAAGUUGAUGAUCCACGUCUGCGCCGUCUACGCGAUGCGGCACAUUCCCCGCCUCGGCGCGCUGAGCACAAGCCUGAAAUCAUUGAUGCUGAACCAGAGCCAGAGUCCGAGUCCAGUGAGGAUGAAGCUAAACACAGCUCUGAAAGCGAGGAUGACUUGGAUGAGGAAGAGAUUGAGAGGCGCCGACAGGCAGUUAAAGCUAAACUAGCUGCUAGGGAAGCAGAAAAAGAAGUUCUAGGCCGAGAUGAGGAUGAAGAAAUGUUGGAUGGUGCAAAAGAGGAAAGUGGUUCAUCUGACACAGAAUAUACAGACAGUGAAGAAGAUACAGGACCAAGAGUAAAGCCAGUGUUUGUAAGAGCCUCAGAGAGAAUGACUGUAGCGGAAAGAGAGCGGAAAAUGAAACAACAGAAAAAGGAAGAGUCUGAAGCGAGAAAAGAGAAGGAGGAGAAGAGGAGAGAAGCUUUAAAGUUAGUUGAAGAGACCAUUCGGUCUGAACAAAGAAAUACACAGUCGGAACAUAAAGAGGGCAACAUAAAUGACGUUUGCACUGAUGACGAAAACGACGAGUUGGAAUACGAAGCGUGGAAGUUGCGUGAAAUGAAACGGAUCAAACGAGACAAGGAAGAAAGAGAGGCUAUGGAAAAGGAGCUGCUGGCAAUCGAGCGUAUGCGCAACAUGACCGAGGAAGAGCGGCGCGUGGAACAGCGCCUCAACCCCAAGGUCGUCACCAACAAGUCUGUGAAGGGCAAAUACAAGUUCCUGCAGAAGUAUUACCACAGAGGUGCAUUUUAUUUGGACAAAGAAGAAGAUGUGUUCAAACAAGACUUCUCUGGACCCACAUUGGACGAUCACUUUGAUAAGACUGUUUUACCAAAGGUGAUGCAAGUAAAGAAAUUCGGCAGAUCAGGUCGAACCAAGUACACUCAUCUAGUGGACCAAGACACUACCGAGUUCGACUCUGCGUGGAGCAACGAGACAUCGGCCGCUCGCCUCGCGAACUUCCGCGGUGGCAUGAAGCAAGUGUUUGACAAGCCCUCCGCUAAGAGGAAACAUACUGUAUAGACUACUGUGAUGUAUAAUAGUUAAGUGUAAUCAUAUUCCCAAUUAAAAUCUUUAAACAAAAACAAGCUUUUAUUUAAGCCAUGUACUAAAUUUAUGGUACUGAUUCUGAGCGCUAUUUAGAGUAUUCGCAUCUCUUUCUUACGAUGUAAUAAGAAAAGGACAGAUAAAAAUUUAAUUUAGAACUGUCAAACCUCGUGACUAGGUGCCAGUCGUGAGCCUAUUGCUUGUAGAGUACACUAAAAUUAGAGUCUUUAAAUUUAAAAUUCAUUUUCUGUCCUUUUUAGCAGUAUU